CGGUCCCUAUGGAGAGCAAUUGCUGAAGCGCCGGAGUUUAGAAGGAGAAAGAGGGAGAGCGUGCGAGUUUGGAGAAGGGGAAUUAUGGCGGUGAGAAUGUCAUUCCAUUGCCACGGGAGUACUUCGUUUCCCACGAGAAUGAAAGCCACGUUUCUGCUUUUGUUUUUCAGCGUAUCUGGCGCGGGCAGCAACCAGGUGGUGGUGUCGGAGAAGGUGGGGGCGGUCCUGGGGAAGAACAUCACGCUGGGCUGCCGGAUCGAGGUGGGGGCCAACCUCAGCCUGACCCAGAGCUCCUGGGAGCGCCGGCUGCCCUCGGGCACCCUCACCCUGGCCGUCUUCAACCCCCAGUUCGGCAUCUCCGUGGCCCCCGAGUACGAGAAGCGGCUGUACUUCCGCUCGCCCUCCGCGCACGACGCCACCGUGGUGCUGGAGGACGUGGGCUUCGCCGACAGCGGCGUCUACACCUGCAAGGUGGCCACCUUCCCCCUGGGCAACACCCAGGCCUUCACCACCGUCAGCGUCAUGGUGGAGCCCAAGGUGUACGUGUCGGCGGGCUCCGCGCCGCUCCUGGACGGCGGUAACGAGACGGCGGUGGCCACCUGCACGGCGGAGCGGGGGCGGCCGCGGGCGGAGGUGUCCUGGGAGUCGGAGCUGCUCGGCCGGUCCGUGGCGCAGGACCAGGACGAGCCCAACGGCACCACCACCACCCUCGCCCGCUACAUGUGGCGCCCCACCCGCCGCGCCCAGGGCCACGCCCUCACCUGCGUGGUGCGCCACCCCGCCCUGCAGACCGAAUUCCGCAUUCCCUACCGGCUCAACGUGCAGUUCGCCCCCGACGUGGUGUUGACGGGGUACGACGGAAGCUGGUUCGCGGGGCGGGAGACGGCGAGGCUUCAGUGCAGAGCCCACGCCAACCCGCCGGCCCACUACGUGAGCUGGAGCAGGGUGGGCGGGGAGAUCCCGGACGGCGUGGAGGUGGCCAACGGGACGCUGGUGUUCGCCAGGCCGCUCCAGCGGAACGACUCGGGGGAAUACCGCUGCGAGGCCUGGAACGACCUGGGCCGCCGCAGCCGCGAGAUCCAGGUGCAGAUACAAGAGCCUCCUCCCACCACCACCACCCUCCCCACCACCGCCGCCCCCGCCCCCGACGACCCCUCCACCGGGCCGCUCCCCAACAAGCGGGGCCCCAAGUCCGCCGCCUCCCCGACGCUGGCCUCGCUGACGGACGGCAGCCUGGGCACCGUCGUGGGCGGGGCGGUGGGCGGGGUCCUGUUCCUGGUGCUGCUGCUGGUGCUGGGCGGGGCCUGCUACAUGCGUCAGCGCCGGACCUUUCGGGGGGACUACUACACCAAGCAGUACCUGGGGCCCACCGACAUGCAGAAGGAGUCCCAGCUGGACGUCCUGCAGCCGCACGAGCUCCAGGAGGUGUACGGGGACGGCUCGGGGAAGGGGAGCCAGCAGGACCUGAAGCCCAAACCCGGGGCGGGGGACGACGUCAUCUACCCCGACUACCCCGCCGACCACAAGGACCGGGAGGAGUGGGGCGACAACGCCAAGAACGGCCGCCGGGCCCAGCGGGAGGAGGACCGCUACCCGGACCACCACAGCCCCAACAACGCCCACCCGCGGGGCCCCGCCCUUAACAACGGCUCCCCCUACCUGCCGGAGGACUGCUACGACAACGGCACCGACAGCGACUACGUGUCCCACCUGGACGGGUCUGUGAUCUCGCGCAGGGAGUGGUACGUCUGAGCCCGGACUCCGCCCCCGGGAGGGAUGCAAUCUAACUGCAAAAAGACUAAAUAGAUCCCUGAACGGAACACAGCGAAAGAGAGACCAUUCAAAAGCGAAAAUGAAAAAAAGGAAAGCUCUGUAUUUUUUUUUUUUUGUUUCCUCUUCCUUCUACUUCACUCGCUUUCUCGGUGAACUUCGAGGCUCGUCUUUAACGGAUCAGACUCUUGAGCAGGACGUCCCGCUCCCAGAGGCUUCCAGGGGAAUGUGUCUGAACACUUCUGUGGCACGUGGAUGAACACUUCCUGUCUGGAGUCACUCACGCUGUCAUUGUCUUUGUGCUUGACCCGGAAGCGUUUAAAAAAA